CGCGGUAUGAGCCAGGUAUUCAUCGCUGGGAAUGGCGAGAUUGCUACGAUUGGAGGUGGAGCGAGUGUCAGGGAGGUUGUCAACACCUUGUGGACAGCAGGCAAGCAAACAGUAACGGGAAUCUGUGAGUGCGUUGGUAUAUCUGCUCCGGUUCUAGGAGGCGGCCAAGGAUGGCUUCAGGGCCAGUAUGGCCUAGCUUCGGACCAAGUCAUCUCAGCAAGAGUUGUUCUCCCGGAUGGAAAGCUCGUCACAGCGUCUGAUGAUGAGAAUCCCGAUCUCUUCUGGGCUUUGAGGGGAGCCGGGCACAGCUUUGGCAUCGUCACUGAAUGGCAGUACCGGGUCUACGAUGUCAAAAACACGAAGUGGUCUUACCAGAUUUUCAUCUACCUCGGUGACAAACUUGAGGAAGUCCUCAGUCUGACCAACGAGAUGAUGAAGACUCAGCCUGCGGAAGUCACGCACUGGAUGUAUUUUGUCAACAUACCAGAGAUCGACCCCAAGCGACCCAUAAUCUGGUACGCCAUCAUAUCGGACGACACCUUCGAGAAAUCGACAGAAUAUGCGAAGCCGCUCUAUAACAUUGAUCACAUAAAUGUCGAAGCUGGCGCAGCACCUAUGCCAGAUUUGGCAAGCUUGACCUUUAUGAGCAGUGAUAGUGUCGGAUGCGCCAAAGGCUACACGGGCCUGAGAUAUCCGAUCGGUCUCAAGACGUAUGAUUUGCCUGUCGUCCGGAGAGUCUUCGAUGACAUUGCCGACAUGUCAAACCGCAACCCAGAGUUUGCCGGAUCAUUCUUCCUCCUUGAAGGGUACUCGACUCACGGCGUUAAAGCCGUCGAUGAAAAGAGCUCAGCUUGCCCGCACCGAGAUGAUAACAUUCUGGUAACGUCGUACAUUAUGUACAAGCCUAAUGCGUCUCUUGAUGCACUCGCUCAAGAGUACGGAGAAAAGCUGAGAGGGCACCUACUUGAGGCGAGCCAUGAGCCAGAGCGUCUGAGGGCCUAUGUGAAUUAUGCCCAUGGAAUCGAGUCCCUUGAGGCUGUUUAUGGUUGGGACGAGUGGAGACUAGAGAAGUUGAGAGAACUGAAGGCGAAAUGGGAUCCUCCAAAUCGCAUGAGGUUCUACAAUCUUAUAAUGUGA